GUUUGCACUUCGCAGACUAUAGAUUUGUUGAUACAUACGAGUAUAAAAGUACAUUUUUACGGUUUCAACAGAGGAACAAUUGAAGAUGAAGGCAAGGUUUUUAGCAUUGAACCUCUUGAAAAUGUAAAGGUCACUGGUGCUCAUGUUAUUCGUGAAGUUGUGCCUGAUAAGGAUGAUCUUAACAAACGGAUGCUUGGAAUCCAUCCUUUCAAUAAUGAUUUUGUGGAAGUGGAGAAUGAUGAGAGUUAUGACACUGUUUCGGCGACGAUGGAUGAAGCGAAUGAUGAGGUUUUACUGAAAGAGCAAAUAGUUCCAGAUAUUGAUCCUGUUUAUGCCAAGUAUCCUGCUACGAACAAGACACGCUAUUGCGAGAUGCUAUUGGUCAUUGAUAAUGCCAUUUAUGUUAGGAACAACAGAAGCAAAGAAAUGGUGCUUUUAAGAAUGCUAAAGAUGAUGCAAACAGCUGAUAGUGUGUUUGCAGCUAUCAAUGUUCGCCUUGUUUUGGUAGGCAUAGAAAUAUGGACUGACAAAAAUAAGAUCCCCUACGUUGAAACCGGUGGUGGGCAGUUAAGUGUAUUUACGAAGUAUAUCAACACGAACCUGACUGACCUGGUCAGGUAUGAUGCUGCACAUUAUAUGAGGUAGGUGAUGGAUCUUUCCAAUUUAUCAUUCCUUGUAAUUGUCACUUUUCACCAGAAACAUCUAAACCGGGGGCACUAAGGACACAAUCGAUACUGUCAUAAAGUGAACCU